AUGGCUGACUCGUAUGCAUUGGUGAAAGGGGGUAAAUUAAAUCUCAAGGGCCACAAACAUAAAAAAUCAAAGAAAGAAAAGCGUCACAAAAGGAAGCAUGAGGACGGAACCCCUUCUGCCUCCGAGAUCCAGGACAAAGACAAAAGCGACACAGCCAAACAUGGAGGUUGGUGGGAGAUCAAGAAGUUUGGUGAUAUCGCUGCAAACAUUGCUAUAGAAGUGGGAGAUCACAGAUACAUCACAGCUCUGGAUAAUGGAGAACUGACCCUAGGUCAACCCAGAAAUGAAGGAGAGGGACCAGACCCAACUGAAGUCUUUACAGUCAUCAAGGUCAAUGAAACAAAAAUCGCCCUGAAGUCCGGCUACGGCAAGUAUAUCGCCAUUGAAGCUGACGGAAGGGUAGUAGGAAGGUCAGAGGCCAUGAGCACUCGGGAACAGUUUGAGCCGGUUUUUCAGGAGGGAAAAGUGGCGCUGAAUGCAAGCAACAGCUGUUUUUUGUCGUGUGAUGACGACGGCGACAUCGUUUGUGUCAGUUCAAAAGCAGGACCUGGAGAAUUUGUUCGGCUUCGAACUUGUGCCGUCCGGGAGCGAGAUCCUCUAGAAGGUGUUCCUUUGGAGGAAAGGGGAUCAGUGAAAGAUGCUGAAGUCAAUUAUGUGAAGAAGUUCCAGAGUUUUCAAGACCGAAGACUCCGGGUCAGCGAAGUUGACAAAACAGAACUGAAGAAAGCAAAGAAAGAGGGUGACCUCCAUGAAGUGAUGUUGGACAGGCGAGAGAAGAUGAAAGCUGAUCGAUAUUGUAAAUAA